GAGGAUAGGGUGAUAUAUCUGUUUAUUCGAAUCUCAUCUCCCGAUCCAGCUCAUUUACGUCUCACAAGUCAUCUCGCUCAUCUCUUUCUCUCUCUCUCCCCGUCGUUCCCCUCUCUUUGCCUCCCUCUCUCGUUGUGCCUCUCACCCUCAGUCGAUCCCUCUCGCUCAUCGCCGGUGUCAUCUCCACCACCUUCCGUUCCCCAUUUCUCUAUUGUCUCCACCACCCUCCGUUCUCCAUUUCUCUCUCCUCUGUUUCUUCAUUUCUCUCGGCAGACGGCAUCACAUAGCUCCUCUUCCCUCGGCAGUCCCAGCUCCGGUAUCCCUCUUAUGAAUCUUCACCAGGAUCAAUAACAAGAAUUUGGUAUUUGUUUCUGUUUCACCAAUUUGGGUACACCUCCAAGCUCCAACAGUUUUUUCGACAUUCAAGUUUGUUGCCGUGAAGCUUAGUGAAGUUAUCAAGCAGCAAAACAAUGCAGGCAUCAAGAGCAAGGCUAUUCAAGGAAUUCAAAGAGGUGCAACGAGAGAAAGUGGCUGAUCCAGAUAUUCAACUUUCUUGUGAUGAUAAUAACAUAUUUAAGUGGACUGCCCUUGUCAAGGGACCCUCAGAGACUCCAUUUGAAGGUGGUAUAUUUCAACUUGCUUUUGCAGUCCCUGAGCAGUAUCCUUUACAACCUCCUCAAGUGAGGUUCUUAACGAAAAUUUUUCAUCCUAAUGUUCACUUCAAGACGGGAGAGAUUUGCCUUGAUAUCUUGAAGAAUGCAUGGAGCCCGGCUUGGACACUCCAAUCUGUUUGCAGAGCUAUUAUUGCUUUGAUGGCACAUCCGGAGCCUGAUAGUCCCCUCAACUGUGAUUCAGGUAAUCUUCUGCGAUCUGGUGAUAUCAGAGGAUACCAAUCAAUGGCUAGAAUGUACACAAGGCUCGCAGCCAUGCCUAAAAAAGGCUGAAAUGAAAUGCAUUGGCUGGUUCUUUGCUCUUUGCGGUUUCUUAACAGUAAUGAUAUCUGCAUCUAAAAUAUGCAGAGUAAUUUUCCCUUACUAACAUUUAUUUAAAGUGGAAUUUAGUGUUUGGUGUAAUAUGUUGUUGCAUACGUCAUUGUUCUUUUCUUGGGUAGCCCUCUAGGCGGCCCUUUUGGUUUCGUGUGAAGAAAACAUUGUACACAGUUUUAAAGAACCAUUCAAAAUAUUUAAAUUAGAGUGUGCUUGGUACAA